GUGCGAACGGCGACUCGAACGCGCGCGUCGGACGAAUCGUCGUCGACGACGACGCGCGCGUCGUACGCGGACGCGGCGACGGCGGUGAACGAGGGACUGCGAUUGUUCGAGAGGGGCGAACACGAGGCGGCGACGCGGGCGUUCACGCGAGCGCUGGAGAUGAAACCGAACGAAGACGAGGCCAGGGCGGCGAGUUAUAAUCGAGCGUGUGGAUACGUCAAGAUGAACAUGUACGACGAGGCGAAGGACGAUCUCAUCGCGGCGGUGAACGUGCAUAAUUUGAAGUUCAAGGUGCUGACGAGCGACCCGGAUUUGGACGCGUUUCGAGCGUCGACGCAGUACGGAGAAGUCGCGGCGGCGGUGAAGGGAGGUCGAGGCGCGUCGACGAUGGUGAAUUUGCGCGCGGAGGCGCAAGAACCGUUUCGAUUCUUCAAGCUUUAUUUAUUCGGAGGAUUAGCCGCGGGGGCGGGUUUGGGUUUGUUCAUCAUCGGCACGCGUCUGAUCAAGGCGGUGCAGGGGGGCGAGGGCGCGCCCGAUUUGACCGAGACGGUGACGAAUUUAGGAAUCAAUACCGUCGGGCUCCUCGCGUUCUCGGUGUUAUUGCGCGGUGAACUUCAAGGGCGCGAGAAAAUCAUUCAGAAAGUUGAGCGCGAGGAAGAGUUGGGGCGCUUGGGCGUGACGCUCGGCGACGGCGAUAAGAAUGUGUUGUUUUCGCGCUUGCGCGGAUCGUAUCGCGUCUUCAUCGUCGCGGGGAGCGAAGAGCAUAUCACAAAAACCCUCGAAAGUUUGGAGAGGUUCAAGGAAAAGUUGACGAAGAAUAAGAUUGUCAUCUUACCGGUGGCCAUGGACGAGAGCGGCGAAGAAUCCGGAGACGAGUUGCCGUUUGGUCAGCGAAGACGCAAAGCGAAGACUUCAAAGACCACCGAGCUCACCGCUAGUGCGGCGGCUGCGCUGCUCGGCGGUGACAAGAAGCUGAAGCUCAUGCCUGUGGACAAUGGAGCUUGGAAGCGCUGGAUCAUCAAUCAAAUCGAAUCGUCCGGUUUUGAUCCAACGGUUCGCGACGUCUUCUUCGGCGUGGCGAAGAACGGUACGAUUUGGAAGUCUGGAGCUGGGAUUCCGAACUGGAUGAAGCUGUUCGAGGAUUUGCCCGAUGAAGACUCCAUUCAGGGCAAGGUAACGGGAGUGUAA